AUGAUGGAAGCUCUAGAGAAGACUGGUAGAAAAUAUCGAUUAAUUGGACAAGGAGUGUCAGAAGUAGAGUUGGCAACAUCUGAUGGAUCGGUAGUCAAUGUUGCAAUGAUAGUGGAUCCUUCAUCUAAUCAAAUAAUUCCAACUGCACAUGAUCGGGUUUUGACUAUUUUCAUGGUUACCGGAGCAAUUGAAAAUGGAUGUCUGGAACUUAGAGAUGAUAAUACUUUACUUGAUAACUGCAGUAAAUAUGAGUAUUCAGCUGGUGCUGAAGAUCAGGAUAAACAUUGCUCCACUGCUGAACAUGGCCUCAACCCUGAUGGUUGUCUGAUUCAUCCCUCCGAUGAUUCACCUGGAUAUGAGGAGAAGCAAUCUUUUGUUUCCUUAUAUAAUAUAUGA